CCAGCGGGCAAUGCGCUAAAAUAUAGGGCACCCCGCGCCCGAGGGUUUCCCACACUGUGCCCUUUCUUUCUCUCUUCUGCCUAUCGCCGCCUUUCGAUCUUCUUCGCAAGGAUGCCGCGCAGCCGUGGCGGUGCUCGACCAGCUCCUCGCGCCCCAGCCAGGAGGGCCGCUCCGCCCCCCCAGCCCGUUCAUCACGCGCCAGCGCCUCCCCCGGCUCCACUUCAGGCUGGAGGCGGCGGGAUGAUGGGUGGUUUGGCCGGUACCAUCGCCCAGGGUAUGGCGUUUGGAACCGGCAGUGCCAUCGCGCACCGCGCUGUUGACGGGGUUAUGGGACCCCGCACUGUGCAGCAUGAGGUUGCUGAAUCUGCGGCAUCGCCGGCAUCGCCGGCGCUUGCUACUGUUUCCGCUGAUGCCUGCAGCAACCAGAUGAAGGCUUUUCAGGACUGCAUCAGCAGCAAUGGUAGCGACAUUGGUCGUUGCCAGUUCUAUGUUGACAUGCUGAACGAGUGUCGCAGGGCUCCUUCCUCCUCUUCAGUGAUGCUUUGAGCAACUCCGAACAAGUGAUAAUUUCAUAAGCAUUAGCAGCAUUUGCUUGUGAACUCUAGAUUUCAAUCUAUGUUGUCCUAUGUUAUGAUCUUUUAAACUUUGAAGAAAGUCCUUGUUGAGCUAAA